CCUAAGCUUGUCAUCACCAUCCCUACCUCUGAGCUUUUCAACUUUUCAACAAUUUUCAGGCUGCAACCUCCCAACACCCGCGAUAUAAUUAUUGUAGUACACCUUUGCGGGAAAACCCCAAUCGAAUAGCACGCCUUUCUUAACCGAAUCAUACCUCGGGUAAAGUCCUCCGGUCAAUCAUCUCGAGGGAAAGCAGCAGCAGCCUUCACCGAAAUGCCACCGGCGGAAACCCUGGCUGGCCCUGAUCUUUGCGAUGACGACUGUACACCGCACCAUGUGAAGCACCACUCAGCAUCGCAUCUGGCACUCUCGUCGCUUCUAUUCAUCGCUACCUUCUGCAUAAUUUUCCUCGCUGUCCUACAGCGGCUCUUUCCGGUACUAUGCGGGGCGGGCAGGCGCCACCCUCACCACGAGAAUAGGGGGCAACGAAGGAUCGCAGCGAUAACCUUCUCGACCAUCUUCGGCGCGACGGGGGUGCUAGCAGAGUUGAUACUAUGUGAGGUGAGUGAGUGGGGGGAGGCUUCGGCUCGGAAGGCUGGCUUUCAGAGCUGCGUGUGGGUUUUGAUGAUUUGUUUGGUUGCCGUUGCGCCGCUGCUUGAAUUACACGGUUUGGUUGAGGGAUCCGGGAUAUCCACCUGGCGAAGGCGGUACGUUAUUCUGUUCGAGUCGGCCAUUUUCGCUGUAUGGCUUUGGGUCUUCUGGAGCCUGGGUGAUCGGUUGCCGAUAAGGAAGGCGGAUCAGAGCCUCUGGAGAAAUUGUAAGGAGUUGCUUGCCUACUUGCACUGUGUUCACGUUUCCAUCUGCCUCACUAAUACGGUGCUUGGCUUUCUAGCUCCUAGAACUUUGAGGGAAGAAUGCCUGGCAAGAGUGGGCGUGAUAGGUGUCUCGGUAAGCGCAAUCUCCGGAUCCUUUCCUCGCUACAGUGCUAACAGUUAUAUUUAGUUGAUGGCAUUAUUGUGUGAGUUUGCAUUGUCUAGCUAAUUUCAACUUCAAGCAUAUGUGUCUCGGGGAAACAUUCUCUGACUGGCACUUUUCAGCCGGGUUCGGUUGUGUUUCCUCGCCAUGGCACAACUUUGCCGUCAAAACGAGGCCCAUUACCGAGAUUGACCUCUCGCGUGCUCAAGGUGGCUUGGAUGCUACUAUUGAGAUGCUUGAAAGCAAACGCAACAGGAUGAGAUUCCUGGAGAAAAAGAUUCGGGACAAGAAGGUGGGAAGACUUUUGUCCUUAAUGCUUGGCUGUAUCUUGUUUUACGACCAUGCUAAUGAACGAUCGUUUAUAGACCUCCCAGGAAGGAUUGAUGAGUAAAGUGCUUUCUUCAAUUCGUGGAGAUGCCGAUGCUCAGGGUUUGCAUUCUAGACUGCUGCCCUCAUUUCAAGUCGCUGAUCAUGCUAAUCUAUUUUUGCAGAACACGCCGUAUUAUCCCAGGAAGUUAAUGGAUUGGAGACAAUGCGUACUUCGCUUGCUGCAGAGUUUGCAGAGCUCCAGCGCCGCCUGUCAUCAGAGCAACAGGCCAGGUCCUUAUUUGGGCGCGUACUGCGAGCCAUUUCCUACGGCUUCUCUGUUUAUUGCGUCUACAGGAUCAUCGCGACCUCCCUCGCCCAUAUCCCUCACUUGCACCGAAAGAGGUCUUCCUUCUCGCAGAGCGAUCCCAUAAAUAACGUCCUGGCAGUCAUCGCGAAGCACUGGGACCCGCAUCUCGACCGUGUUGCUUGGUCCCGCCAAAUUAGCUUCGCUCUCUCAGGAGUCAUUAUUGCCGGCUCGUUGGGCUCAGCCAUGACAACCUUCAAUAUGCUCACCCGUGCGGCGCCAGGAGUCAUGGGCCAUGCCGUCAGAGGCGAGAACCCGAACCUCGCACUCUUCGUAUCUCAGAUCAGCGCUGUCUAUGUCCUCGCCUCCGCACUUUUGCUUAGGAGUAAUUUACCCCCGCACAUGAGCACUGUGAUCAGCCAGGCGUUGGGCGCGCCCCUUGACCCCGCGUUCGUGGAUAGGUGGUUCGAUGCACUGUUCCUUGGUGCGGUGGGUCUCACCUUGGUUGGGAUGAUUAUUGGUAGAAAGAGUGGGUGGUGGGGAGGUGCGGGUAAGGAUGAUCCGUUCGGUGAUGAGAUGGAGCAGUUGGAGGCGGGGAAGAGGAAUUGAUUGAUGCUUUUUUGUUGCAUGUUUGACGUUCGACGGGUCUUAGCCUUUUUCCUUUUAUUGAUCCGCUAUCAUUUGAUUUUCGUCAUUGCACCUUUUUAUCGUUACCAUCACUAGAGGCGUUAAUUGGUUUGUGGUCAAUUUAUACAUCCUGCGCUUGUACAUAUCUGCAGUUUCGGCUUCUUUUCUUUUUCGCGUCGCUCUGUUAGCUUUGCUAUUGUAUUGGUCUUGCUUUUCUCCUCCUUUAUUUUGCACUUUUAUUCCCAUCGUUUUCUCUUGGUACCUUUAUUCGCUCCCUCCCUUCUUACAUCCUUCUCAUUUUAUCCUUCUUCACUCCCGUUAACCUCACUUAUCACGGGCUAGGUUACAUUGUGCCGUCCAAGACCACAUGAUACUCCGCACCUCAUAAUGCCUCUCCCUCCCUCUUGUUUGUUGUUGCUUUUCGCCCUGGCGGUGUCGGGUGCAAUUUCCCUUAUCCAAGAGGAAUAAGAUAAAAAUAAGGCAUUAUCAUAGCUCUAUAGGCGUUCUUACUUGGCCAUAUGAUUUAUUUGUAAUACCAUCUCCUGGAAGAAAUUUUUUUCCGGGGGGGGGAUUUAUUAACAUGCAUACCCUAAAGAAACAGCGCACUAGACUACCGGACCCGGAUUUGAUCGAAACGUUAUCCCAGAAGGUAGCAUAGUGAAAGACUUGCAGAGUUCUGAAAAGGCUAGAAGGCAGACCACCGGUACUCCCACAGGAAAAGUAGUUUUCUGAGUGGCGGUGAUUGCGGUGGAUUGGAGUUGCUAGUUGGAGGCCUGGUGAAUACGACUUGGGGUAUCAUAAGAGGAGGGUUUUUGCAGGAUCGCAUUCCCCAUUAUCGUGCAAAGCGUCUACAGCACGCACCAGAGCCGUUUCUGGGUGUAGCAUGAUUUGGUUCCACAAGUUUGGAGUUUAAGCCUCAAUGCCUCUCAUCUUUUUA